UUUCGGUUUUAUCCUCUCUAGGUUCUUUUAAAAUCGAAGACUGGAAGACUCCUCACAGCUAUUUUUACCCGAAGAAAAUCGAUGUUGCAGUAUCGAAAAAUUUGCUCGUACACCUUUGCAUCCGCCGCUUUUACCUCAUUAAUCGAUUAGAAAAUUGAGCACAUCGCGGCGUCCCCGUUUAACGCAAUUAAACCGACACUGUCUUAGACUCGAUGAAUUUUCAACAUCGAUUAGAUCGCGAUCGAUUUUCCGUUCGUUGCACGAAGCCGCGAAAAGUUUGAACUCGCGCGAUUCCCCUCCCACAUUCUAGCACGCUACGCCAAUGACUAUCAAUGACGAUCACUUGUACGUUUCGCGACACGAUACGUAUAUGCGAGUACACACACCGGCAGCCUGGUCAGUCGUCGUCCGCUCGCGACUUGGAGCACCUGACCGAGCGUAUUAGUCCUCGUACGCGCGAGCCUCCUUGCACGCGUUCUUUUCUUAUCUCUUGCGCUCGACUCGCGACAGAACAUCCCUGUUAGAUACGUGCUCGUGGUAACACGCGACCUAACGGGCGCCGGCGAAUCGAUCAGUGCGCGUCCUGUUCCCUCCGAGUCAUGGGACUGCACGAGCUGGUGAUCGCGAGUCUAUCCGUUAUUGUCGGCGCCUAUUUGCUUACGGGAAGCCGACGACGCUUCGUUUAUUUGCUCUGCAAGACCUUGCCCAGAGACGUGCUGGGUGCCUACAGGUUCGUCCGUGUUAAUGCUCUGCUAUGGUGGUUCGAAAAGCGAGGGUACACUGUGGCAAAGAUAUUUACGAGGUUCGCCACCACUAAUCCUGAUAAAAUUGCUUUCAUUUUCGAGGACAAGGAAUGGACGUAUCGAAAGCUGGAAGAAUACAGCAAUCAACUGGGGCGUUACUUUCGAACGAAAUCCUUAUCCCCUGGGGAUAGCGUCGGUCUGAUAAUGGAAAGUCGCCCCGAAUAUGUGGGAACGUGGCUAGGUCUUAGCAAGGCUGGAUACGUGGGUGCACUUUUGAACACGAACCUUUAUAGAGACGUUUUGGUUCACAGCAUCAAGGCGGCCAAUUGUAAAGCUGUUAUUUUUGGAUCGGACUUUAAAGAAGUGAUUCGUGAAAUUAGGGAGAAAAUUCCAGACGUGGCUUUGUACCAGUGGUCGGAUCUGCCAGACACCCCAUGUCUCGAAGGAGCGAUCGAUCUAAAAACGGAAAUCAGCACCAUCGAUCCGAGCCCUCUCGACCUCAGUCGAGGUACUCCCCGGGAUAAAUUGAUUUACAUCUAUACCUCGGGUACCACUGGGAUGCCGAAGGCUGCUGUUAUUACUAAUUUAAGGUACAUGUUAAUGGCGUGUGGCGUAAACUCCAUGCUCGGUUUGCGAUCGACCGAUCGUAUCUACAAUUCUCUACCGCUCUAUCACACCGCCGGAGGGCUAAUUGGAGUGGGUCAAACAUUGCUAAAGGGCAUCACGGUUGUCCUUCGCAGACGAUUCAGUGCUUCAAAGUUCUGGCCGGAUUGUGUCCAUUACGAAUGCACCGUCGCACAGUAUAUCGGAGAGAUCUGUCGAUAUUUGCUCACUGUACCUCCAGGCCCUUGCGAUACCACGCACAAGGUUCGACUGAUGUUUGGAAACGGCCUUAGGCCGCAGAUUUGGAAGCCGUUCGUGGAGAGAUUCGGGGUGAAGCAGAUUGGGGAGUUUUAUGGUGCUACUGAAGGAAACUCGAAUCUGGUGAACAUCGACAACAAGAUCGGAGCAGUGGGAUUCGUGCCGUUGUUCGCUGGUUCCCUGUAUCCAGUAGCAUUGUUGAGGGUCGACGAGGAGACUGGAGAACCAUUGAGAGGACCGGAUGGUCUCUGCAUACGCUGCAAACCUGGAGAAUCGGGCAUCUUCGUGGGCAAAAUUAAUCCUAAGAGAGUGCUGAACGACUUCUCUGGAUACGCCGACACGAAAGCGUCUGAACAGAAGAUUCUUCGUGACGUGUUCAAAAAGGGCGAUCGUGUCUUCAAUUCCGGUGAUAUCCUACUUAUGGAUGAGAUGGGCUACUUCUAUUUCAAGGACAGAACCGGUGACACGUUCAGGUGGCACGGUGAAAACGUGGCUACUUCCGAAGUCGAAGGUGUAGUCAGUAACGUGAUUGGUCUGAAAGACGCAGUCGUUUAUGGAGUGGAAGUACCUGGAGCCGAAGGCAAGGCCGGAAUGGCAGCCAUUUACGACCCAGAUAACACUCUGAACAUCAAAGAAAUGGCGGAGGGCGUGAAAAAGGCUCUGCCGUCGUACGCCAGGCCUCUCUUCGUUCGAGUUUUAUCGGAACUACCAAUGACUGGCACGUUCAAGUUGAAGAAAAAGGAUCUUCAACGAGAUGGUUUCGACAUAAAAAAGAUCACUGAUCCAGUUUACUUUCUGGAGCGUUCUGGGGACUACGUGAAACUCACGGAACAAAUUUACAACACUAUCCUCGAGGGGAAGGCCAAGUUGUAAAGACUGCUACCUGAAUCUGUUCAGCAAAAGAUAUUUUUUUAACAAGAUUCGCAAAACUGUUGUAUAAUUUCUAUUUAUUAACGAGAGCUGUUUUCUAUCUUUUGUAAAAUCGUUCGCACGUUUCCGAAUCUCGAAGCUUCCGCGAAAAACUGCAUUUAUGGAUACAUAUUUUUACACGUAUUCUACGAUACUCGGUUGAGUUAAACCAGUGCCGCCGUUAGAGUUUAAGGGACCCUGGGCAGACAUUGAUAUUGUUGAACGCCUAAGACACUGCGUUAGCUCAGGACAGUGAGAGUAAUUGAAAAGUGAAAAUAAACGAGUUAAAUUUUAUAAAUGCAAUGCACAGCAGUAAUAUUGCAUUUGCCAUUCACAUCGAUUUUACAAACAGAAACUUUAUCAGAGAACCUCCAGCUUUUAUUUCCACUCUCCAGUUGCAUCUCGCUAUAUUGCCAAAUUGAGCUGCAGUGACUAGCGACGUAGAACAAUGGAGUCCUGUCCCAUUAACGGCGAUACGGAUUAAGCAUACGUAGAUUAGAAAACGUAUUUUUAUAUUGAGAAACGUUCUCAACAGAAAAAUUGUAACAUUUAGACAUCUGUAGGUUUAUUUUGUACGUACGUAGGCAUCAAAAUUUCUAGAGAUAAAGACUUUGUUAAAUUAUUUUGUAAGAGAUGCGACGAUCAUGUGAUGCGAACGUACGACCUCGACCCUGUAAAGCGACGUUUGCGUAUGUAAAACGAAAUGACAUGUCAUAGUUUAAUAAAUCGUUCUCGUUGAGAUAAAAAGAAGUGUCAAUUCGACUUGGACUUUGUCCCGUAGGGGAACCUGAGGUUCCUCCCAUCGAAUCUAAUGAAACCAGAAAUCAUGAGUGCGCAGUCUCGAAGGGUCCGGUGACCCUGGUCGUUAACGACGCGACGCUACUCUCUUUACUGUUCAAUUAACCCAAAAUACUCUUCAUUCAUGGAACCAUCAACAGAAUAAUUUAUCCGAUACUCGACAGAUCCAAAAAGGAAUUAUUAAAAUUCGAUCGAGAUAUAAACUUCAAGCUGGGACUCAAUAUAUACAAAAUAACCUCUAAAUAGUUCCACGUUUGAAAUAUCCAUGUACAUUCGCGUUACGUAACAACCCAAACGAAUAAACCUAAUGGAAAUAUA